CGAAGAAAUCUUGCACGCCACGGAGAUGGCCAAAAAGGUGGAAGGCUCGUUCCAAAGUCUCACGAAGCCCUCGAGUAGGCCACAAUUGAUUUGGGGAACAAUUAUCCAAAUCCUCCAGCAAUUCACUGGUAUCAACGUGAUAACGUUUUAUGCUCCGGUUCUGUUCCAAACUAUGGGUUUUGGUAGUGAUGCCUCGCUUCUGUCUGCCGUGGUCACGGGUCUUAUAAAUGUGGUGUCGACCUUCAUUGCGAUUUUUACCGUGGAUAGAUGCGGGAGAAAGGUAUUGCUCAUCGAGGCAGCAAUUCAGAUUCUCGUCGCCCAGUGUACCAUGGGCAUCACACUCGCGAUACACCUGAAAUCCACCAACGAAAUUCCAAAAGGAUACGCCCUUUUCGUGGUCUUCUUGGUCAGUUUCUUCGUGGCUGGCUUCGCGUGGUCAUGGGGUCCUUUAGGUUGGCUCAUCCCCAGUGAGAUAUACCCGCUGGAGACGCAAAAUGCCGAUUUCUUCUUCGCCGUUGGCAUGAACAUGCUCUGCAAUUUUAUCAUCGCUCAAGUCUUGACCAUGCUCUGCGCCAUGAGAUCGGACUUCUUCUUCUUCUCUGCAUGGAUCGUCGUGACGGGCUGUUUUGCAACCUUCAUGCUUCCUGUGACAAAGGGCAUCCCUAUUGAUGAAAUGAAUGAGAGGGAUUGGAAGAAGCACUGGUUCUGGAAGAAACACUUCAAGGACGAAGAUGAAAACCAAAAUGUUGGGUUCUAAAAUCAUGUACUUGUUUGUUAGGGGUUCUAGUGUUGUUGGGUCUGAGAGGAAUGCAAGGUCGGUCAGGUUCACUAGUCUCUAGUCCUUUACUUGUGCAUUUUGGAUUGAAAAAUAAUCAUGCGCCUCGACAUAAUCCCUCCGACCGAGCUCUGUCUGUUCACAAUUUAAGCUCAGAUCACCGAAUACCAAGUUCGGUAGGACAC